AUGAAGUCCGUCAUAGCCGUAUGUGUUGUCGCUGUGGCUAUCGCCACUUUUACAAUUCCAGCAGAAGCGCAGUCCUCAUCAACUCCUGCUUCCCAACCAGGUGUAAUAACAUUGGCAACCGAAUCGCCCUCCAGAAUGCCCCCCCCAAACCAUGGCUGCAACUGCAAGAAAACCUGCGAAGCUGUUCAACACAGCCAAGUUCCUUAUAAGGUAAGUCUCCCAAAGAUAACAAUGUUUAAAAACUCGCUGUUUGAAAACUCAAGGGUUGUUUGAAUGUUUAAUUUAAGGCUUUCUCUAGAGUUUACCUCUUUUUUUCUUACAAUCAGAGAUGUGCUAGCAAACGCUUACUUAAAUCGCAUGCCUUAACGCCCGCCUGACUGGCACUAUUGUUCUAUAUUACUCUGCUGUUUUCAACGGACCAUCUGAUUUAUUUCAAGUCCGGCCUUCUCUUUUAAUUUUAUUUCUGCAGACCUAACCGCAUUUAUACACAAUUGACCAUUAAUACAUGUUACCAGACCAGAAAAUAUUUAGAGCGCAGUCUUGACUUUAUAUGCUGCUCUUAACUGAAUCGAACGGGUUCUCAGAUAAAUUUUGCCCCUUUCAUUUCUCCUUUAGAAAGAAAAGUGAUGUUAUCUAUUCACUUGUUUAAUUGUAUUUGUUAUCAUUCUUUUGCAGCGAAAGGAUGAGCCUAAUUAUCUCAGUUAUGAAAGUUACCCGGUCUUAUGCCGAGAUGCUGCUGCUAGGUUCCUGGCGCCACUCGGCGGAGAAGAAAUAUCGGAGAAGUACAUCUGCAAGCAGACGUUUGACUGUUGCCGAAAAUGCAAUUCUAUGUUUUACACUUGCUUGAGUAACGAAGACCCGUUUGGUGCUUGUAUGCGCGCGGCUUACAAAUGUAUGUGUCGCUGUAUUGACAAAUCUAACAAAGAGCUUCCUUAUAAAAAGUAA